CCACUUGAUAGUCGACACGUUCACUGAAAUAGGGUUUUGGGACGCAUGGAGAUGGAGUAGCAGAGCAUAGCAAUCAGCUAGGGUUUCUCUUCACAACGACAAAGAAGCUUCGCAUUCGCAAUGGCGAGAAUCAAGGUGUACGAGCUCAGGAACAAAACGAAAGCAGAGCUUCUUAGCCAAUUGAAGGAUCUCAAAGCAGAGCUCGCUCUCCUCCGUGUUGCCAAGGUCACUGGUGGAGCCCCAAACAAGCUUUCCAAAAUCAAGGUGGUUCGGCUUUCGAUUGCGCAGGUGCUGACAGUGAUUUCCCAGAAACAAAAGGCAGCAUUGAGGGAAGCUUACAAGAAUAAGAAGUAUUUGCCUUUGGAUCUGCGUCCCAAGAAGACCAGAGCUAUCAGAAGGCGCCUCACUAAGCACCAGGCUUCCUUGAAGACCGAACGAGAGAAGAAAAAGGAAUUGUACUUCCCACUGAGAAAAUAUGCAGUUAAGGUGUAAUGUUGGAAUCCAAGUACGGAUAGUAAUAUUUUUGCUGGCACUUUAUUUUUGAUAUAAAAUUGUUUGUUCUGGUCGCUCAGGUUUUAUGCUGCUGAGUUUCUACUUUCUAGUUUAUUUAAUCAUCAAGAAACUGAAUUAGGAGUUAGCUUGCUUACUCUUGUUUUUCAAUAUAUAUCAAGCGUUCAAUUUUUGGCA